AUGACGCCCGGGCGCGAAUCAUGGAUGGGUGUGUAUGGCGGCGUAUGGCGACUCAUGGCGACGUAUGGUCGAAGGGCGACGCUUCUUCGGGCUCGUCUAACCGUGCAUCGGCGGCCCUUGGCGACGCUUCGACCGUCGCUUACGAGCUGUGGCCUCGCUGCGGUUGAGAGGUCCAUGGCGCGCGUACGCAUUUCUCGCGGGCGGACAGCGCGUUUCGCGUGCGAAAAGCGCGUUUCGCGGGCGGACAGCGCGUUUCGCGUGCGGAAAGCGCGUUUCGCGUGCGGACAGCGCGUUUUCCGGGCGGACAACGAGUCUUGCGGGCGGGAUUCGAACUUUCUGUUUUGUUCUCUCUUAGCGCAGGAGUCUACGGCGCUGGCGGGACAACAACGCUGGCGGGGACAACGACGCUGGCGGGACAACAACGCUGGCGGAAACAACGGCGCUGGCGGGGACAACAACGCUGGCGGGGACAGCGGCGCUGGCGGCGAGGAGCUUGGAGGAGGAGGUUUCAUCCUCACCCCCCCUCCCCUCCCUCCCUCCCCAUCCCCCUCCCCAAUUGCAGCUUCGGUUUGGGUGGGUUUGGGUGGGUUUAGUUAG